GCCGUGAUUGGACGGUGAGAACGAGGCUUGGCACGCAUGAGGGUUCUGAUUCCGGAUGUGACUUUGAACUUCCGGUCGGCUUUGAAGGCGGUGGGUGAAGCAAACCACCAUGGGGGUGCUUCAGAAUGUUGUCCGAGGCCUGGUUCGUGGUUCAGACAGACUGGCUGAGAUCACCAGUAAAAUGGGACCAAAUGCCUUCAACAGAGGACGAGGAAGCAAGAAAACGGGAUACCUGACCUCCAACUACAAGUUUGUCAAGGUGAAAGAGAUGGUGCCGCAGUUCAUAGUCCCUGAUCUGACUGGGUUCAAGUUGAGGCCAUAUGUUUCCUACAAGGCUCCUCCAGGGGAGGAAGAGCCAAUGACAGCCGAAAAGCUGUUUAUGGAAACUGUAGCUCCAGCCAUACAGAAGGAUCUUGAUGAGGGAACCUUUGAUGCUAAUAAACUAGAAAAAUAUGGAUUUGAGACCACACAGGAGGGUAAACAAUUCAAGUUGUAUCCAAAGAAUUAUGUUCAAUAGUCUGAACGAUUAAGUCACAUCAUGGAUUCAUGUACACCGCGUAUUGAUGCCCAUAUUGAACUGUCUUUUCUAAUUAAAUUUACCUUGUAAAGUA